UUAACAGCGACAUGUAUUAUUUUUUAUCAAAUUCAUUUACAAAUGAAUUCACAAUAAAAUAAAGUGUACAUUUUAACUAUGAGUUCAUCAAAAUGACCAGGGACAAAUUGAUAAUGAUGUCGGGAUUUGCAUCAUUAGCGGAAUCCCUGGUGCUUCCAAACUGCAAGAGAGUGCUUACAAAGACGUCUAUUCUUCUAGUUGUUCUAGAUGUAACAUAAAAACGCUGGACGUGGCUCGCGUACUCCACAUUGAGCAGAUUCUCGGAGCCAAAGAGCUGUGCGACCCUGAAGUUGACCAUAUCAGCAUUAUGGCGUACGUUGCAUACUUCCUCAAAUUCAAGCCUACGUUGGUUCCAGCGGAGAAGGUUGUCUUCUCCAACUUUCCAGCUAAGAGCUACGUCGGAAAGGAAGAGGGAGAGGAGGAGGAGGAGGGUGGUGAGGAUGAAGAGGAUGAUGCUCAAUCGACCUCAAUUUCGAAGUCAAAGACCAAAGACAAGGAUCGUGACAAAUCAAAGUCCAAGGAUGCUGACUUGGAUUGACUGAGAGGGGGCAUUGUUUAUUCAAACUCUAAUGGAAAAGUACCCGCCGGAGAUGCGGCAGGCACUCAGUGGUAACCUGGACCUCUCAAAGAUGCCUUAUCUGGAGCGGAAUACGUUUAAAGCCUUCCAGAAUCCAAAGCACGACUGGAGGGAUGGAACUCUCAAAUCUUCAUUUAACUACCUCCUCCUGGACCCCCGUAUCACAAAGAAUCUGCCCAACAGAGAGUGCAAUAUGAAUAAGCUGGAUGUGUUCAGAACGUUCAUAUCAGCUAUAUUCUACAUCGGGAAGGGUAUGAGAGACCGACCGUACUUCCAUCUGUAUGAGGCCAUCAAACAUAAGAAAAGCCCGACCAAGAAGGCAAGUGGGAAGGUACAGCGUAUCCUAGAUAUCUGGUCAGGGGGAGAGGGGGUCGUGUCCUUACACUGCUUCCAGAGUGUUAUCCCCGUAGAGGCGUACACCAGGGAAGCAUGCAUGGUUGACGCCAUAGGUCUGAAGCACCUGACCAAUAAAAAGCGAGGUAACUACUAUGGCAAGUCAGUCCAUUACAGUGAACAGAGGAGGAGGAGGAUGGGAGUGUAUCUGCUAAAGAAAGUACUACAUAUAUUCAUUGCAGAGGGGGGAACGACAAUUUUUACCAGAUGACAUCAAGAAACCUUGAAUAUUGGCAAUAUAUCCGCAGUGAACAACAAUAAACCCUGCCAGAUAUCCACAGUUGGCAUCAAGGAACCUUGAAUACCUGCUAAUCCCCAGUGUACGUCAAGAAACCUUGAAUAACUGCCAGAUAUCCACAAUGGGCAUAAAGAAACCUUGAAUACCUGCCAGAUAUCCGCAGUGGACAUCAAAAAACCUUGAAUACCUGCCAGAUAUCCGCAGCUGGCAUCAAGAAACCUUGAAUACCUGCAAGAUAUCCACAGUGGGGCAUCAAGAAACCUUAAAUACCUGCCAGAUAUCUCCAGUGGACAUCAAGUAAUCGUGAAUACCUGCCAGAUAUCCGAAGUGGACAUAAAAAACCUUGAAAACCUGCCAGAUAUCCGCAGUUGGCAUCAAUAAACAUUGAAUACCUGCCAGAUUUAUCCAGUGGACAUCAAGAAACCUUGAAUACCUGCCAGAUAUCUCUAGUGAACUUCAAGAAACCUUGAAUGCCUGCCAGAUAUCCGCAGUGGACAUAAAAAAACUUGAAAACCUGCCAGAUUUCCGCAGUGGACAUCAAGAAACCUUGAAUACCUGCCAGAUAUCUGCAGUUGGAAUCAACAAACCUUUAAUUCCUGCCAGACAUCCACAGUGAGCAUUAAUAAACCUUGAAUACCUGCCAGAUAUCUCCAGUGGACAUCAAGUAAUCGUGAAUACCUGCCAGAUUUGGUGUAACAGUGUUGUUUUUAAAAUGAGAUUAUUAUUUUUUUUUGUGCUGAAGUAAUUCAUGUAAAUGUUGGUUUAAGUUUCCGCAUAAAAAGGGGCUUUAGAUGGUUUGUACUUGCCAGCUGGACAUUACUACUGUUUACUAUUUGUAUUCAAAGUUAUGAAAUGUUGAUUAAGGAAUUUAUUUUAUGAACUAGUUUAUUGUUUGUUACUUUGAUUUUUUUGUGCAAUGUGUUUUCUUUUUGUUUUGUUUCUUACUUGUUUAUUUUAGUUGCCCAUAUCGUAAUUCAAAUAUUAAUAGUUUCCCGGUAAUAAGUAAGGUUUCAGUUAUGAAUUUCUUAAAUAUUUGCUACCUGCUAUGUAUUAUGUAGAUCUAUUAUAUAUACAUGUUCAUAUAUUUCAUUGACAUUUGUGCAACAGAUACAAAAUUGCUCUAUAAUAAUAAGGGGAAAUAUUUGACUGAUCCCAAAUAUUAAUACUUUUAUUGUUGUUAUUACUAUAAUUAAUAAUAAUAAUAUUUACCUUGGUUAAAAAGCUUUUUUAAAUUGCAAAAUAGUUAAGAAUUUAUAUCAUGUAAAUUUGAAUCUGUUUUGCUGCCCAAUAGACUUUGGUAAAUAUGUUCUUGCUUAGAAAGUCCCUAUCGGUGUAAACUGCAAGGACUAUGGGUUUAACCCCAGUCUAUCUGUGUGUUCGUCAAAAUCUGGAUCCUGCGGUUACUGCAAAACGUCUUUGGUGUGGUAUAUGUAUAAAGGGUCAUAUGGGAAAUGUUAUAACAGUUUUUUUUGUCAGACGAACAGUGUUGUUGCUAUGGUUACACAUGAUAUGGUUCCAAAAUAUUAGCAAGCGAAACACUAAAAUCUGGAUCCUGCAAUAACUCAAAAAAGUAUAUUAGGUUGAUAAUAUUUGAUGUGGUGAUCGAGGGGCAUAUGGGCCUUAUGCAGAUUAUGUCAGUUUUGUCCAUGGUCCAUCUGGAAAAUCUGAAUCCUAAGAUAAACAACAAGCACUGAAGCUAGAUUGAUAAUACUAAGUUUGUGAAAGGGUCAUAUUGGAUAAUGCUCAUUAUUUCAGGUUCUUGUGAGUCAAAAAUGUGGUUGCUGUGCUUACAGAAAUAAGUGGAAACUAAAAUCAGGGCCCUGAAACAACUUAAAAAAGCUUAAUCUAAGUUGACGAAUCUUUGUAUGUGUGUGGAGUCUCAUAUGGUGAAUGCUUUUUUGUAGUUUGUUUGUCAGACCAAAAUUUUGGUUUAUAUGGUUAAAAUAAUAAUUGUAAACUUAAAUCUGCAUCCUGCCAUAACUAGAAAGUAUAAGGUUAAUGAUACUUAAAGAGAUCAUGUUCUUACUCCCACAACAUCAACCCGGUCAGGGACAGCUGUUGUGUCGGUGGUUUAGCUCUUAUUGUCCCCUACCGGUGAAACCGGUGGGGACUUAUGGUUUGCGCUCUGUCUUUCAGUCAGUUUGUCACAUUUUUCUGGAUCCUGCGAUAACUUUAUUCUUCAUAUUUUUUCAUGAAACUUGAAACAUGGACAGAUGGCAAUAUGGACAUUAUGCACGUCAUUUCAUUUUGUUCUUACGUCAAGAAUUCUGGUUGCUAUGGCAACAAGUAUAUUUAAAACUAAAUAAAUACAAAAUUCUGAAAAUGGUGGAGUUUCACCGGUAGGGGACCAUAUUGCUUGGCAAUCUCUUGUUAUUGUUGUCUUGUAUAUUGUUUAUUGUUAUGGAAUUCUCAUUCACUGUUCAUCUUUUAAACCGUAUAUUUUAUUGCAGAUCUUUUAUGUUUUAUUCAACUAUGAAUAUUACCGUUUGUAGCCAUGUACUUGCAUCAAAUGUUGAUACUUCGGUGCCAUAUAAAGUUGAGGGAAAUAUCUA